UCUCUCUCUCUCUCUCUCUCUCGCUCUCGCUCUCUCAUGUAGGUAGCUCAUAGGGACACACUUUGCAGAUUGGAGGCCCGAGGGAAGAGCUCGGCUCAGCUCAGCUCGUCUCAUCGUCGAUCUCCGUCUAGCUACCUCUACUUACUCCAUCUAGCUCGAUUGCUUCUUGGUUGCUGGGCAUGGACAAUAUGACCCACAACUCGAGCAGCAGCAGCUCCUGGGACUUGGACAUGAGCCUCGGCAGCCACCACCACCCUCUCCUCUUCGACCACCCCACCCCAACUCCGCCGGCGCCACCGCCACCGCCACCGCCAUUAUCCUUCCACCUCCACCAUCCUCCUCCACCCCCGCAUCAACACCCUCACCACCACCAGCAGCACCUAGCCAUAGAUCCCUCUCCUUCCUCCUCCCUAUUCCCUCCUCCACCUCACCACCACCACCACCAUCUCCACCACCUCGACUUGGCCGUCGACCCCCACCGACAUCAGCAUGACUACCAACGUGACCAGCACCCGGAAGAGAUGCAGCAGCGGCCGCCGCCCGCGAUGGAAGACAGUUCACACCAGCUUCAUCACCAGGACGCGGUUGACGAGGCGGAGGAGGAGCUGGGUGCGAUGAAGGAAAUGAUGUACCGGAUCGCCGCCAUGCAGCCGGUGGACAUCGACCCGGCCACCAUCAAAAAGCCGCGCCGCCGCAACGUCCGCAUCAGCGAGGACCCGCAGAGCGUCGCUGCCCGUCACCGCCGCGAGCGGAUCAGCGAGCGCAUCCGCAUCCUCCAGCGCCUUGUGCCUGGUGGCACCAAGAUGGACACGGCAUCGAUGCUCGACGAGGCCAUCAGAUAUAUCAAGUUCCUCAAGCGCCAGGUCCAAGACCUCCAGCACCAGCCUGCGCCGCAUCAACAGCAGCACUAUCCCGGUGGAGGCGGCAGCGGCGGCGCUGGUCCGAGCAGUACCGCCGCUGUGGCCGGGCGGCCGGCUUUCUUGCCGCUGGGCGCCGGAUCCCUGAUCGACUGGGCAGGGCUGACGAGGCAGGUGGAUGUCCACGGGCCAACGUCCUCGUCCUCCUCCUCGUCGAUGGGCGGCGCGCUAGGUUUCGGAUUCAGCACGGGCGGUCAAAGCAGCCACGGAAUGCAUUGAGAAUCUAAAGAAGAACGAGCGAGCUGUCCCCAUAUAGGGGAUGGAUGGAUUAACUAGGGAUGGAUGCAUCGAUAAGAUGACUAGAGCGAGGUAAUUUUGAUUUAAUUUCUUCCUAACGUUUCUUCGUCUUCUUCUUCUUCUUCUUCUUCUUGCGAAUUUGUGUACUGGAUGUUUCCUAUGAUGAAAUUAAGUACAAUUUAUCAAUAAGAUUAGCUAGGGCUUGCUCUAA